AUGGAAAUUCAUCAUCGAUUAUACGAGAAAUCUAUUAAUUAUAAUCCUCCUAAUAUUGCUACUGCUAAUGAUCUUCUACCGGUACUUUCUGAUACCAAUGAUACAUCAGGAAUUUCGGAAAAUAGUAAUUUUAGCACAUCUACAUCAUCAUUAGUCAAUAAUAGUGGUACAUUCGUAUCACUUGGUCGAUCAACAACACUCAAUAUGAAUGAAUUUCCCAGUUACAGUAAUACUACUUCAACCGGAUUACUUGAUCAUCAAACAAUACCAAAUUUAUCACUUGAUUUAACUACUACCGUAACAUCACAAGUAAUUUCAGUAGUAGCUGAAACAAGCAGUGAAACAAAAAAUAAUUUAAACGGUAUCAAUCAUCAUCAUCAUCAACAAUGUCAUCAACAACAACAACAGUUUCGGCGGACAUUACCAUUACAGAAUGCGGAAAAUAAUGUUUGCGCAGUUGUUGGAACAUUAACAACAUCUUCAUUACAAACGGAUCAUACCAAUACAACAAUGGUUAUUACCAAUAAUAAUAGUAGUAAUAGUAAUAGAAGUGGAAAUGAUGGCGUUAAUGGUAGUAGCAAUAAUAGCAACUGCAGUUGUGCAACAACAACAACAGCAACAACAACAACUAAUGAACAAAAUUUUCCGCAACGAAAUUCAAAGUUCAAAGUGGAAAUAUGCUCAUUGUGUUCAGAAUUCAUCUUAGAUCGAACAUUACUUACUGUUAAUUCACGAUUUUGGCAUAUUAAUUGCUUGAAAUGUUCGCAAUGUUCGAUAUUGUUGGAACAAUAUUCGUCAUGUUUUGUUAAAGAUAAUCAUUUCUUUUGCAUACAAUGCUACAACAGACGAUUUGGAACAAAAUGUUCAUCAUGUCAACGUUUAAUUCAUGCAACUGAUUGGGUUAGACGAGCACGAAAUUUUGUUUAUCAUCUUGCAUGUUUUGCAUGCGAUCAAUGCAAACGGCAAUUAAGUACAGGAGAAGAAUUUGCAUUGCAAGAUUGUCGACUACUUUGCAAGCAACAUUAUAUGGAAUUAAUUGAAGGAGAAUGUGGACAACAAAAAGCAAAAACAAAACGUGUACGAACGACAUUUGCGGAAGAACAAUUAACCGUUUUACAAACACAUUUCCAGAUUGAUAGUAAUCCGGAUGGUGCUGAUUUAGAACGAAUUGCUGCAAUGACUGGUUUAAGUAAACGUGUUACACAAGUUUGGUUUCAGAAUUCGAGGGCACGUCAAAAGAAAUGUCAGGGUAGUAAGAGGAAUCGAACUAGCCAUAAUAAUAGUAGUGGACGAUCAUCAACUAAUCCGUGUAGCACUCCAAAAAGUCCCAGUGGUGACAGUAUUGAUGGCAUGAUUUUUCCAACAUCUGUUUUAACUAGUGUGGAAGAUGCAAUGGUUGCUACAGAGCAGCGAACAAUUCAAUCAGACUCCACAUGA